CAUUCCUGCAGCUUGCACCUGACAUCGGGACUUCACCUUACCGGACCCAGCUGGUCUUUCAUCGACGUUGAUUCGCUGGACACCGACGCCUGGCCGCUUCGCCUUGACCAUUGCCUUCGGACUCAGGAUGUGGAGCCUCCUGACUGCCCUCCUGGCGUCGUGUCUCAUCGCCAUCGGCAAAGCGUGGAUCGCUUUGCGGGAGCUGCCGGCGACGAUGAGAGACUGGGUGGACGGCGUCCUCGGGCGUUGGGGGGUACCAGGCUGGGCUCAGCCCUUGGUCCGUUGGCUUCUUAUCAUUUUGUUUCUCAUUGUCAUCCUCAUCCUUGCAGUGAAGGCAAUCAGGAAGGGAACUCGCAGGCUGGUCAUCGGCGCGGCAAAUUGCCCCAGGAGAAGCCUUCACCUUCUCCUCCUGAUCUCCUGCGUGGCGAACAUCGGGCACGGUUGGAUCGUCCCACAGCCAAAAUCAAAUGUCUGGGCGACUCUCGCCAAGGCCUUGGGGCAGGACCAUAUCUGCCUUAAUCAGGCCAGUGCUUCCGACCCAAUGUCGACGUGCCUAGUGGGGAUUCCAUUCACCGCUGCGGAAAUGCCCAGAGCGCUUGUUCGCGCGGUCAACCAAUCGCUUCGCCAAGCGGAUGGGUCACACUCCGUCGUCCUUGAAAAUGGGCAUCCGGACGCCAAUCCGUUGGUGGGGUGGAGGAGAUUUCUGCAGGACCUCCCAGUCCUGUCGGCCGAGCCUCCCGAGCUUGAGCUCUUGGGCUCUUCCAAGGCUCAGGUUUGCGUGAGGAUCGACCACCCUCCGCAGUCUCCAUCACUCCCCUCCGGCAGGGUUGUGCUGUCUGGCACCGCGCACCAGGAGGAAUCUUGGUGCGAGAGGCUCGCCAAGAUAUCAACACCGAUAUCUUGUGCCACUCAGCCACGCGAGCUGCCCGCCGGGGUGUUUCUCAUCUGCGGCGAUCGAGCCUGGGCGGGCAUCCCCUCUCGCCUUCUAGGAGGUCCGUGCACCUUGGGGAGACUGGGACUGUUCACACCCAACAAGACCCAAAUUAUGAAUUUGAAAGAAAAAGAGAAUGGUGCACAAAAUUCUGGACUCCAAAAGCGUGCAGUGAAAGAUUUGGAGCCUGAUUGCGACACAGAAAUUACUCAUUGGUCAAAGUCCAAAGGUGUCGCAAUCACGAUUUUCGCACCAUGGGUCGCCAUUGCCAAGACCCUGGGCGAGCUUGGACAUCUAGAAUGUUGGGUCGCGAAACAGGCGAAUCUUACAUCCCAGGCCCUAACAAACCUCCUAAAAGACGAGGAAAUAACUAGGCAAGCCACCCUCCAAAAUCGGGCGGCCAUAGAUUACCUCCUCCUCUUGCACGGCCAUACGUGCGAGGAGUUUGAGGGUCUAUGUUGUUUUAAUCUUUCGACUCGGGCGGUGAGCACCCAGACACUUAUCCAACAAAUGCAAGAGCAGGUGGGACAGAUCCGACAGGAGACCGAUGACUGGCUCUCCAACCUGUUUCAGGGCUGGGGAAUCUCUGGCUGGGUUGGAUCUAUUUUAAGGUCUGUUUUAAUGGUCUUUGUGGUUCUUUUAGUGGCGUUGGCUUUGUUUGGUAUCCUUAAAUGCAUGAUCCUGAGACUGGCCUCCAGCACUCCCCCCGCGCACAUUGCCAUGGCCUCCACUCCCGUGGAAAUCCCGCUGGAUGAGGAGAGCGGCUAUCCUCCUCCUGGCCCUUGGCAAGAACCUAAAGACUUCUGCGCGGAUUGUGGCAGCCGACACCACACUGAACUUUAAAAACAAAAAAGGGGGAGAUGUUGGAGUUUGUACCUUUGUGCCUCAUAAGUUCUUUGUGCAGUUCAGUUCUCUGUACCCCUUCCUCACCUAAUUGUUAUUCAUCCCUUGCCUCACAGUCCCUGCACCCCAGGUUAUUUUUAGCCCCUCACAGCUGUGUGCCACUCACCCUUCCCGCCAGAGCUGUUCUCCUCCCCUUUCCUUCCUGAUUGGCCUCCACUGCAUGACCUUGCCCCUUACCUUCCCUAGUUACUGACUUGGAUUGGCCAGCUGCGCCUGGCCACCCCCAUUUCUCCUCCCCUGACUGUAUCCCUUAUAACCCUGUGCAGA